GCGGCGUCAUGCGAUGGAGGGCCAGGGCUCGGCCGUGCUGGGCUUCGGGCAACUUCUAGCUCCUUUCGGGGAGCGGCAGCUGCAAGAAGAGGCCGCCUCUCUCCCGCGCUGGCCGAGCAGCAGCAGCAGCCGGAGCUCGCCGCCAGAGGAGGCGCUUUUGCGGCCGAGGAAGGAGGCGAGCGAGGCCGCCGCGGAGGAGGAGGAGGACGACGACGACGAUGCCGACGAGGAGGCGCUGCUGGCGCUGCGCCGCCGCCACGGGCGCUCCCUCUCGCUGCCCGCCAGCCCGACGCUGGCCGCCGCGCGCCUCUUCCCGCCGCCGGGCCGUCGAGGCGAGGCUGAGGGGGGCGAAGGGCCGGCGAGCGGCUGCUGCACCAAGUGCAAGAAGCGGGUGCAGUUCGCCGACGCGCUGGGGCUGUGCCUGGCCAGCGUGAAGCACUUCAGCGCGGCCGAGGAGCCGCAGGUGCCGCCGGCCGUCCUCUCCCGCCUGCAGAGCUUCCCCAUGCGCCAGCGGGACCUGGAGGAGUUCAGCGCCGCCCUGGCUCUGGAGGAGGCGGCGGGGACGGCGCUGGCCGGGGCGCCCACGGACGUGCGCGGCGUGGUGCGGGUGCUGGCCUGCCCCGGCGCCAAGGAGGUGACGGUCCGCUACACUUUCAACGAGUGGCUCUCCUUCCUCGACGCCUCCGCCCUGCCCCUGCCGCCGCCGCCCCCCGUCGGGGAGCCCGCGCCUUCGGCCCUCUCCGGCCCGGUCGAGCGCUACCAGUUCGCCUUGUGCCUCCCGCCGGGCCUGCCGGAGGGCACGGCCGUGCAUUUCGCCAUUUGCUACCGCAGCCAGCAGGGCGAGUACUGGGACAACAACGGAGGCGCCAACUACACCAUGCGCGGCUCCCAGCCCGAGAAGGCCGCCUCGCCCCUGCCUUGAGGCCCACCGGCCUCCACCGGGCCCAGCUUGGAGUUGGGGGGACGCCGAGCCCCUUGCGGAACCGAGUGGGGUAACCAGCGCCUGGCCGCCCGACGUGCCUUUCCUGUUCCAGCGCCUUGGAGGGCCUCGAGUUGCCAGCUGUGCCUUUGCACCUUACGUGGUAUCGCCUCGCUCUGUGAAUGUGAGAAGCUCAUCGUGGCUUGACCCAGAGCCGGUGGGAACAGAGGGGUGCCCCCCCCCCCCAGUUAAACAGCAUUUCCAAAACGUUGGCACUCUCUGACAGGCGGGCAGGUUUGUUGCUUGGAUCCAUUCUGAUGUGAAUCGAACAGUGGAUCUGUAGACUCUUGCUGUGCAAGGCUUGGGUCCGCGUUUCCUGGAAUGCACUUUACGUAUGUUCGGAGAGAGGGAAGGAAGUGAACUGGUAUUUCCAGUGUCCUAUCACCGUUGCUUGGAAGUCGGCUAAAGACUGACCUCUCUUCAGUUUCUCAUCUGUGAAAUGUCCUUUAAUGGGUCUAGAAGAAUACAGCACUACAGUGAACUGGGGAAAUAAAACAGCUGUUCAGGACAUACUUAAAAAAACAACAACACAACAACCUGCCCCUUUUCUUCCUGUCUUCCAACUUGAAUAUUGUGCCUUGAGUGAAAGGUCUCUUUAUACAUUGAUGUAAGACAGAACUGAUGUUUUGACCGCUGUGCCUAGGUGCUUAUACUCCCAACAAAGGUAUAAAGUGCUGUUGGAUUUUAUUUGGGGGGGCAAUAAAGAGAAAGGUGCUUAUGGGAAAUGGCUGAAUCUCAGCAAAAAUUGGGGCUAGAAGAAAUGCUUCUGUUCUUUAGGCUGAGAUGCUCUGGAUAGUUCUGUGAUUACACAUGGUGUUAACUACCAAUGACCUAGCACAUGGGGGGAUUUCAGGGUCCAUGUAAGAUGUGGGUUUAGUUCACGAAACUGGUAGGGAUGUAAGAGCCAUUGGAAAACUGCCUUAAACAGUGUGCUCCAGGUAUAAGGGAAGAUCUCUCCAGCACUCUCAUAGUUGCACAGAACAAAGAAAUUUUAGCGUGAAAUCUUGUACCUGCCAAAACAUGGUGUCCUACACAACUGUUAGUGCAGAAACCCUGCCCUGCUUUACAUCUGGUUUUACACAUGCUGGCUGACCACUUAUAGCUAGCUGGCUUGUAGCUGCAGCUGAUAACAGAUUUGCAGAACAUGGAACAUGCAGAACGUUCCUGUGUGCACCUGGCUAACUCAGAACAGAGCAAGCACCUGCAGGAUUUUUUAGAGGGUAGCAAAGCUCCUGGCUGUUGCCGUGGAGUGUGGAGAUGGACAGUACACUAAAAAGUAAGAUCACCCCUGAAUUUCCAUCUCAUAUCUUUUUCACUUGAACUAUACUGGUAUACUGUGACAUUUAUUGCUGAUGGCAAAGUCACUGUUUUGUCGCUUAUAACGGGAGCGUGGUCUUCGUCACUUGAGUGUCCUGAAUCUGUAGCUUAGUGGAGCCCUUUAAGGGUUAUCCUUUUUGUUGGAGCCGAAAUGCACUUUCACAAUCCUAAGUGGCCUUAUUAUGCUAGUUUGUAGAGUUAGUAGCGGCAAUCGGUCUGGGAGACUGGUUCGGCGACCCCUUCCGUAGAUCUGUUUUUGUUGCUGGGAAUGUGGUCAGCCUAAAUAGUCAUUAAGCUAUACCCUGAAAAUCCUGUCUGAGCAGAGAUAUUGUAUUAAAGGUUCCUUCCCCCCAUGGAAUCUUGUGGUCUAAUAAUUUACCGUUUCGAAGUGGCAUAGCUGUUUUUGCUGUUCAAAGGCAAAACUCGGAAUUUUAUGCUAUUUAUUCAACCCAAUAAAAACUUGGAAUGUUGGAUCUCUUCCCUCUUUGGAAUUGUGAGAAUUUUAUACUGUGAUCCUGUGUUGGUUAUGGCCAAGAAGCAUGUUAAAUGAUUGACACCAUUGUAAGAGAAGAGUAUGCACAGCAUGGUGACAGGUGAGAGUAAUAGGUCAGUGUUGUGGUGCCCCUGCUGGUUAUCUUAAGGGGGUUUGUAUGCAAAUUCUGUUGAAGGCCCAGCAUUCUAGAAGAUGAAGGGAGAUAUAAACUCUGCAGAACCUUGUUCUGUCAUCCUUGAGUUUCACUUCCUGCAGCUGGCUGUUAUGAAUGCAUUUUCUUGCAGAAUCACUUAGCUGUUUGCUUAAAGCACACCUUUUCAGGAGACUGUGGGUCAUACCUGAUAGUAAAGAAUAUGUGUUUCCUCUCUCCCCCUCAAGCAUACGGCAAACAGUCGUAGAUAAUAUAACAAGUGAAGAUCAGCAAAUGCAAAUCUAGGGACCUUGGCCUGUCACAGCCCCUGAACGUGUGGUGUACUGCAUGUUUGUAGACAACUGUGUCCCUUUCAUCCAUGAGGCUAUUUUUGCAGUGCACACACAAUGAGUAUUUGCUUUUCUGUGUUGUGUGUAAGCUGCUGGGAAUCCUCUAGCCACUUGGGGGUGUUAUAGUGAAGAAUGUGGAAUAAACUAACAAAAUCUGGAAUAUCCUUUGGAAACCCCAUAGUACUUUUAAGAGUUAAACUGUGAUUUAUUUGUUUUUGAUGCCGAGAGAGGCUGGCUGGCUGGCAGUCUCCUAGUGAGUCAUGCUGUGUAACCUUGGACUCUGCUUUCGAAAACUAUUUUGGACAAAAGUUGAAUUGUAGAUGAAGCCUCCCCCCCCCCCUGUUCUGUUUUUUCUUUUGUCCCAGUGUCCCAGGAGCAUGUGUACAGCAAGAGCGUGGGUGCUUUCUGCUGCUUCGGAGGUCCUGAAAUGAUUGUCCAGCUAGGGCAGUAAGCAGUCUGCAAAAGUGCAGAAGGACUCAUCCAGAGUCAUUUUUUGGAAAAUGCUUUGUUGUAAAUGCACAAAACCUCCCUGUGAGGUUUUAAUAUAGCACUUGAAUAAGCUAGCACUAGCUCAAGUACACAAAAUCCUUGAGGCUACAUACUCCUUUUGCUUAAAUGAACAUUGAAAUGGUGCCAAAGAGCCAGCAGUGAGUCAGUGUAUGUGCAGCAUAAACCAUGCUGCCCAGGAUUGCCUUAAGCGGUAACGAUCCUGUCAUCUUCGGAGGAGAAGCUGGUUUUCCCAUGGAAUAAUGUUUAUACGCUGCAAAAAACUCCAGUGUGUUAAUACUUGCGUCCAUAGCCAACUUCUCUUUAAAUACUUAGAGCUUCAGUUGGCACGCUGCGAAAUCUCUGGUUUUAUCGUGUCAUACUGGCUGUGCGCAAGAGGACUGUGGAGCACUUUUCUUUUUUAAAAGGAAAAGGCCUGAAAUUGAAUGUGACAGUUUUAGCUCCUGGCUAGAGUCUUUUCAGAGGGGAGUGAGCAGAGAUGCCGCCCGGUAUUUCUGAAGAAUCCUGCUGUCUGAACAAGAUUAUACACAGCAAGCAAGGUGAAAAUCUCUAGGGUGCUGUAUAUUCUGGCAAAAACUGGCCAGAACUGGUUUAGCCCAGGAUAUGUAGAGGUUUUCUCUUGAACCUCUUGUGGAUAAUCUUGGAAGAGGCAACAUUCUGAGGAAAGAAGAAGAGAUUGGAUUUAUACCCUGCCCUUCACCACCUGAAGGAGUCUCCGAGCAG